AUGUCCACCUCUUCUUUGCCCUCGAUCCACCAACCAGGCACCUUCCACCUCCCUGGAAUUACUUCGACCUCACAACAGAAGGUCCGUGACAUGAUCCGCGAGAACCAUGAAAAACACCACAUUUUCUUCAAGACCCCGGCUGGUCUCCACAACCAUCUCUCCCACUAUAUCUACGCCGCGCACUCCCUCGGCGCCUCCACCACUCACCUCCAGCGCAUCUACGAGCAUGAAGCAUCCUACCAAAAGCCCAUGCCCAAACGCCAUGAACGGGGCGAAGGAGAAGGAAUCACUCGCCAGACCUUUGCGCAACAUCUAGGUGAUGAGGAAUGGUACCCCGACUACCUCGACUUCUUCACCCAAGAAAUUCAAUCCGCAGGGAACCACGUUAAAGUCUUCAAAGAAUGGGUCUUUGGCGAACUUCCAAAUGGCGACAAGGCAAUGGGGAAAGACGUCUACGAAGACUUUUUCGCCCGCUGGUUCUCCGGCGCUUAUCACCCGUUCAUUCACACCGGCUACGCCCUCGAAUUCGACGAUCCACUCAUCAUGGCCGAAGGCCUCGCUCAAGCCGCUAUCAUCCAGCAGGUGAGGGAAGAGAAGGGGUUUGACGCGGCGGUGAAAUACGACGACGGUAACAAGAGUAACGCACUUCUCUCCCGCACCCCCGACCUCGUCCGCAAAUACGCCGCAAAAUGGUCCGUCCCCACGAACCGCGACGCCGUCGAACUCGCCUGGCGCUCCCUCCAACAAGUCCCUGUAGCCCUCCUCGGCGGGUCCUCCCUCCGCCCGGGCAAAGCCGUCAAGAUGGAUUUCUUCCUCAUGCAUGCCGUUACGUCUUCACUGUUUUUACCGAUUAUUGUGAAAGUUUUGGAUGUGGAGCAGGGGAGGAGGAUGUUAGAGGCGAAGUGGAGUGUUGAUUUGAUGUACUACAUCUCACGCGGUCGACCUCCGCUGAACCUCGAUCUGGUCGAAUCCUACCCCGUACCUGAGAUGAAUGGAACAGAGGUCGUGGGCAAUCCUUGGCUGGGUAUCGUGGAGAAGAGUUUGCAUCACACGGACGGACACGUCAUGAAAGCCAUUCGUGCACUCCUUCACGCGGAUCAUUACGCUUCUCACUCUGCUGCUUCCUCCUCGAGCUUGACCUCGAAGACGCCGUCGGCUGUGCCGGAUACGAUGUAUUUGAAGGUUGCGCAGAUGGUUGUUGAUGGGUUGUUCCCGGAAAAGGAUAAGGAUUGGGAUCAUAGUGGGAUCGGGUUUGAUGAGGCGUGGGAGAAGGUGCCGAAUAGCGAUGUUGUCGAUGGGAAGGGAAACUAA